AUGCGUAUGAAAAAAAAGCGCUUCAUUCCACUUGGCUUGCAUAAGACCACUUCAAAAACCGGACAUUAUUCAUGCAAUCAUUUUGCUCUCUUUUUGCUUCUUCAGUUUAUUAUCCCUUGCUGCCUGGCCCUGCUGGUGGCACUGGCCACUGCUGAGGGAAAUGCUGCAUCGGAGCAGCAGGCGGCCGCCGAAAAGAGAAGCGUAGAAGCUGAGCCAAAGGAUUCUCAACGUCUUGAGAAACGAGGAGCAUCGCUGGACGAAUGGAGCCAACUUUCCCACGGUUACGCUGACCAGCACAGCUACCAGCAGUAUCAGCCACAGCUGCAGUACCACCACCAGCAGCAGCAUCACCAGCACGUGAAGUACGAGGAACCGAUCAAGACGAUCACCAUCGAGAAGAAGAUCCCGGUCCCGUACACGGUGCACAAGCACUUCCCCUACACGGUGGAGAAGAAGGUCCCGUACGAGGUGAAGGUACCGAUCCCGAAGCCUUACCUCGUUGAGAAGAAGGUGCCAGUGCACAUCAAGGAGUACGUCAAGUAUGCUGUCCACGUACCGGAACCCUACACCGUCUACAAGAAGAUCCCGUAUGAGGUGAAGGUCCCAGUAGACAAGCCGUACGAGGUGAAGGUACAUGUCCCGAAGCCGUACAUUGUCGAGAAGAAGGUCCCGUACGAGGUGAAGGUCCCAGUGCCGGUUCCGGUCACCGUCGAGAAGAAGGUGCCGUAUGAAGUGAAGUACGAGGUUGCCGUCCCGAAACCAUACACCGUCUACAAGAAGGUCCCGUAUGAAGUGAAGGUGCCAGUCGACAAGCCCUACAAAGUCGAUGUGCUGAAGCCGGUUAAGGUGGAGGUCCUGAAGCCGUACCCGGUGGUCGUCGAGAAGAAGGUCCCGUACGAGGUGAAGGUCCCAGUUGACAAGCCGUACGAGGUGGAAGUGCCACGCCCGGUAAAGGUUGCCGUCAAGGUGCCAGUUCCGGUGCCGUACACGGUCGAGAAGAAGUUCCCCUACACGGUGGAGAAACCGGUGCCAUACGAGGUGAAAGUGCACAUUGAUCGCCCUGUGCCCGUCUACAAGGAGGUGAAGUUUGCCGUCCAGAAGGAAGUUCCGGUGCCAGUGAAGGAGAAAGUUAUUGUGCCAGUGCCAGUAAGCGAGAAGAAGCCGGAAACUGAGUACCACCAGGAGCAGCACCAGGAGCAUCAGCAUGAACAGCAGCUACACGUCGCUCAGUACGAGCAGCAGCACCAGCAAGAGCAUUUCUACCACGAACAGCCUCAGGCGCUGGCUUACCACCAGGAACCGCAGUCCUACCAUGAAGAAGCUGCUCAUGCUGCCUACCAGCAGGAGGUGCAGCAACACCACCACCAACAGCAACAGCAGCAGCUGCACCAGCAACAUCAGCAGCAGCUGCAGCAACAGCAUCACCACCAGCAGCAGCAACAGCAGCAGCAGCAGUUCCAUCACCAGCAGGAACAACAGUAUCACCAGUACCAGCAGCACCAGCAGCAGAUCUACAACGCUCACCAGCAGCAGCAGUACCAGCAGCAGGAGCAAAACCACCACCAGCAGCAUUACGAAUCGCACUAA